AACAGACGCAUGAGUAAAGGAAUAGAGGGCUACCCCCCUCCUCCUCUCUUCCUCUCCCACUCGUUCUCCUCCAUUGACAGAGCUGAGAGAACUCUCCCCAGGUUAGACAUCCAGACAGACUCUCUCCACUACAUGGACUAUCUACCACAGCACACAAAACAGACACGUUCUAUUGUUUACACUUUCGUUUGGGGUGAAUUGUGUGUGUUUUCCUUCAAAAAAGCUGUCUUUCAAUGCAACAAUGAAGCUUUGUUGGACUUAGGUUUCCACAGAACCAGGAGCCGGUACAUCAGAACGCCGAAGAAGACUUAGGUCCGUUUUCAGAGCGAUCCUGUCGGGUUUUUGGACAGACUGGUUUCCAGGUGCGGUUGCUCCAACAGAGAUGGGCUCAGACGUACGUGACCUCAACGCACUGCUGCCCCCUGUGCCAGCCCUGCCAGGGGGGAAUGGGAACUGUACCCUGCCCGUCAGCAGUGCCCCUCAGUGGGGCCCUGUACUGGACUUCCACACUGGCGCCCCCUACAGCUCGCUGGCCCCCCACUCCUUCAUCAAGCAGGAGCCCAGCUGGAGCUCUGGGGAUCCCCAGGAGGACCCUCACUGUGGCCUGAGUGCCUUCACCCUGCACUUCUCUGGCCAGUUCACUGGCACAGGGGCCUGCAGGUACGGGGCCUUCGGGGCCCCCCCUCCACCCAGUCAGCCCCCACCAAGCCAGCCAAGGAUGUUCAGCAACGCACCCUACCUGACCAAUUGUAUGGACACCCAGCCCUCUUCCAGGAACCAGGGUUACAGUGCUUUCGAUGGUGCCACUAAUUACGGUCACACUCCCACACAUCACUCCUCCCAGUUCCUCAGCCACUCCUUUAAAGAUGAAAACUCCCUAGCUCAGCAGACCAGUAUGGGUGAGCAGCCGUAUUCUGUCCCUCCACCCGUGUAUGGAUGCCACACCCCAUCAGACAGCUGUACAGGCAGUCAAGCCCUACUGCUGAGGAACCCUUACAACAGCAGUGAUAAUUUAUACCAAAUGGCAUCUCAGCUGGAAUGCAUGGCAUGGAACCCUGUUAGCACGCUGGCUUCCACCAUUAAGAGCCAUGCUACGGGUUAUGAAAGUGACCCCAACCCUCCCAUGGUGUAUAGCUGCAGCACCCAGUACCGCAUCCACACCCAUGGCAUCUUCAGAGGCAUGCAGGAUGUCCGACGGGUGCCAGGUAUCGCUCCAGCCAUUGUUCGCUCAGAGACCAAUGAGAAGAGGCCAUUCAUGUGUGCAUAUCCUGGCUGCAACAAACGAUACUUCAAGCUGUCCCACCUGCAAAUGCACGGCAGGAAACACACAGGUGAGAAGCCCUACCAGUGUGACUUUACCGACUGUGGACGAAGGUUCUCCAGGUCAGACCAGCUCAAGAGACACCAGCGAAGACACACAGGGGUUAAACCGUUCCAGUGCGAGACGUGUCAGAGAAAGUUCUCGCGGUCUGACCACCUUAAGACCCACACCCGGACUCAUACAGGUAAAACAAGCGAGAAGCCCUUCAACUGCAGAUGGCCCAACUGUCAGAAGAAGUUUGCCAGGUCUGAUGAGCUGGUUCGUCACCACAACAUGCACCAGAGGAACCUGACCAAGCUGCAACUUGCCAUCUGAGCCAGAUCUGAACCAGACCACUCUGCUCUGCAUACACACUGGCCUCGCUGCUCUCUAACACUCUGCCUACAUGAGACUCUGAAUCUCCAUCUCGUUCAACGAUGCCUGUAGCACAAAGGGGAUACGCAGCAGAGCAGGUCCAUCCACUAGAUAGCACAGCCACAAAGGAAAACAUGACUGCGUUGUAAAGAUUCAUAAAAACAACAAUGAGCUUUUUAGUCUUAAUUUAAGGUAAGGGUUAGGUAUAAGGUUUUAAAGAAGAGAAAUUGUAGAUAUUUAAAGAAGAUAAAUUGUAGGAAUAGGCGGGGUGUAUUACUUUGUGGCUGUGGUAACAGAGCAGGAGGCUGACAGUCUUGUUCAUCUGCAUGUAGCUGUAGAGCCUCACCUACGCACAGUCCUCCAAACAGCCCCAUCUAAGGACGGUCCUCUGUCCAGAUGCUCUGAUCCAGAGGGUUAUUUUUAGUAAGACAUUUAAAGAGGAAAAAAAAUAGUUCUGUCUCUUGUUGGUGUUGUAUACAGUAGAUGUGAAUGACUUUAUGCCUUUUUUUCAUUUGUAGUGUUACUUUGAGCAGUUUCAGAUUAAUUUAUUAUUUUAUCAUACUUUUGUGAAUUAAAAUAUCUUUCACUGGAAUGAUUUCUGGAACGGGGGACAUUUUUUACAUUGGUCCAACAGCAUGUUCAUCAUCGCUUUCGUUCAGUCCACAACUUUGAUCUGCACCAGGUAGUUGAAUCAUAAAGCUACAGUAAGUCCGCUUCGGUCUGGGAUGUUGUCUGUAAAUAUUGUUUCACUUUGACUGUGGAUUUUGGGGAUGUGAGUUAAAAAAUAUAAAUGUAUUGUCACACUGGCUAUGUGGCCAAGAAGUUGUGGUAUUAAAUUAUGUAAAUAAUAGUACUGGACAAUGGAUUGUAUUUGAAAAAAAUAUCCUUGCCAUGGAAACAUGUGACUUAACUAUUAUACUUUAGACUAGACCUACUUUGAUAGAUCCAGGAAAUGCUUUUUUACAGUUGUUCUCAACUGCUAAAACACUAAACCCCUUUGUCUGAACAAAGUUCUCUGUUGCCUGGACUCAUUUAGCUCAUUAUUAUUAUGUCUGUUGUCAAUACCUUCAACCAUUUCACAUGGUAAAACACAGUCUGUUGUCAAUACCUUCAACCAUUUCACAUGGUAAAACACAGUCUGUGGUCAAUACCUUCAACCAUUUCACAUGGUAAAACACAGUCUGUUGUCAAUACCUUCAACCAUUUCACAUGGUAAAACACAGUCUGUUGUCAAUACCUUCAACCAUUUCACAUGGUAAAACACAGUCUGUGGUCAAUACCUUCAACCAUUUCACAUGGUGAAACACAGUCUGUUGUCAAUACCUUCAACCAUUUCACAUGGUAAAACACAGUCUGUUGUCAAUACCUUCAACCAUUUCACAUGGUAAAACACAGUCUGUUGUCAAUACCUUCAACCAUUUCACAUGGUGAAACACAGUCUGUUGUCAAUACCUUAAACCAUUUCACAUGGUAAAACACAGUCUGUUGUCAAUACCUUAAACCAUUUCACAUGGUAAAACACAGUCUGUUGUCAAUACCUUAAACCAUUUCACAUGGUAAAACACAGUCUGUUGUCAAUACCUUAAACCAUUUCACAUGGUAAAACACAGUCUGUUGUCAAUACCUUCAACCAUUUCACAUGGUAAAACACAGUCUGUUGUCAAUAUCUUGAACCAUUUCACAUGGUAAAACACAGUCUGUUGUCAAUACCUUCAACCAUUUCACAUGGUAAAACACAGUCUGUUGUCAAUACCUUCAAUCAUUUCACAUGGUAAAACACAGUCUGUUGUCAACACCUUAAACCAUUUCACAUGGUAAAACACAAUUUGCAGAUCUCACUUAGACUUUUCAGCAAAACUCUAAACACAAUCUCAUUCUCAAAACACAUUCUGCACUCCAAUGCACAUGUCAUCCAUACUGGUAAACACAAGUGGCAACAAUCAAAUACAAAUAGAGAACAUAUGUCAUUGAUUGAACACAACCUCUCAAAAUUGAUUUAACCUGUUUCAAAUGAUGCGACACAACCAAUAUAAGCCAGUUCAGAGAGCAAACAGGUUGUUGAAGGUAGGAAGGAGAAAGUCUGAGAAUGGAUACUGUAGUACAGUGCAUUGUAGGCUGUAUACUGUACAAUGGACAAAUUGUAUGGCCCUGAACAUUGUGCUUUCCAUUUAUUAACAGUACUGACUGAUCAAUAGAUUUUGACUAGUUGCAGGUUCAUAUCAACAAAGAACAAGAAUUACAGUAUCACAGAGAUAAAGGACAAGUUUGUGAGAUGCAGGGUACAGUACUGUAAAAAUAGGGGUACAAGGAGGAGGAAGAACAAAAAACAAAAUUGCAAAGAGCAAAGCAGAGUAGUAAUUUAUGAUCCAUUUUGAGCUACUAUGAUAGAACAUGUUUUUGUUCAUCAAAAGACAAUGACAGAAAAAUAUGAAUAUUUUUUAGAUAAAAAAUGUACUUCUCCCUGAGAAUUGUAUGUUUUGAACAAUGUGUUUUCUGUUGCUUGAGAGUGUAUAUCGCUCUCAAUCAUUUUGAUCACUUUGUUUAUGAUUUGAGAGCAGUGUUUGAUUUUGAACACAGGUAAAACUGUUUUGAAGUGAAUUUUUCAUUUUGCGAGAGGAGUCAGAGGUUAUGUAAAUAGUGCUUGAAGAUGAGGUUUUGUGUUUAAUGUUUUCAGGAAAUGGAGCAAGGUUUCAGAAAUUGUGUUUUAGCAAUUGAGAAAAACUGUAAGUGUCAAAACACUUAUCUGUCAUGGAAACAUUAUUUUUUUUACUCUGAAGUUUAUUAUCAAUAUAUUAUGUUCUGUUUAAACUGUAUUUUUCCCCACUAUUUUUAUACAGUAUAUAUAUAUAUGCUGAUUCUGUUGUUGUUGUUAUUUUUCCCCAUUGAGUUCUGUAUUAAAGUCAUCCAGCAGUG